AUGAAGCUCUCCAUCCUCAUUUGCUUCUUCUUCUUCCUGGUUGUGAUGGCUGUUGCCAAGAAAUGCGAUAUCAAGAACGGCGAGAAGAACAACAAGGACUGCCAGGCCGGGGAGCAUUGUAUCAAGGGAGUGGGCGAUGCCUACAACUGCGUGGAAGUGCUCGGUGGCGCCGCCUUCAACAACGUGCAGCAACCGGAGAAACUCGGCGGAUCCGCCUUCAACAACGUCAAGGAGCCGGAGAAGCUCGGCGGAUCGGUGUUUAACAACGUCAAGGAACCGGAGAAGCUCGGCGGAACCGCAUUCAAUGUGAAGAAGCCCCAGAAC